AUGCGGUGGAGGCUGGCAGCCGUGUGUGGAGGGGGUCUGGCCCUGCUCGGCGGGGGGGCGGCGAGCUCCUUGGCUGAGGCACAGCACCCUGCAGGCGACACCCUGGAGCUGGUGCAGGUCGUCUUCCGGCAUGGUGCCCGCACGCCCCUGAGCCAAAAGUACUGGCCCGAGCUGGUUAGGGAGUGGGACGCGUGCGGGCAGGCCUACACGCCAGUCCCCCUGGAUAUCCGCACCGAGGACGGGCAGCCCCGCCCCGCCAACCCCGACGACGUGAAGCAGGUGGAGACGCGCUUCCUCGGCGGCUGCAGCAAGGGCGAGCUCACCCGGCUGGGCCAGCGCCAGGCCCUGGCCUUCGGGCGGUGGCUGCGCCGCCGGUACGUGGACAACCUGGGCUUCCUGCCGGGGGACCGCAAGCAGGACACCCUCCUCCCACGCACCACCAACUACGCUCGCACCGUGGCCACGCUGGCCGGCGUGCUGACGGGGCUGUACCCCGGGGACGAGGGGCCUGUGCCCGCGCUCACCACGCCGGAGAUGGACGAGGUGCUGUACGCCAACGUGCGCAGCUGCGCGCGCCUGAAGGAGCUGGUUGGGGGGCUGCACGCCGAGGCGCGUGCCAGCGCGAAGGGCGAUGAGGGAGUGCAGGCGCUGGGCCGAGAGCUGGCGGCGGCCAUGGGCCUGCCGCCGGGCCACCGCGUCAGCUGGCUCAACCUGCACGACGCCCUGACCUCCAUGCAGGCGCACGACAAGCCCAUCCCAGAAGGCGAGAUGAUUAAAAGAGGGCGAGAGGUGCAGGGGUAUCUGGUGGGGAUCGGGCCAGACCUCCUCCUGGCACUGGACAGGCAGGCGGUGACCAGCUUCCUGCACGUCGUGGCGCCGCCCCACUCCACGGGCCGGCAGGAGGAGGUGCUGCGCCUGGGCAUGGGCCGCAUGCUCAGAAUGCUGGAGGAGGUACGGCGUAUGGAGGAGACGGUGGCAGGCACGGCCAGGCACCGCAUGCUGCUCUACUCAGGGCAUGACUCCACGCUCAUGCCGCUGCUGGUGGCCCUGGGCAAGGAGGUGGAGACCUGGCCCGCCUACAUGUCCAAUCUGGUGUUCGAGAACUGGAGGCGUGGCGACGGCCAGCGCUACGUCAAGGUGCUGUACAACGGCGAGGCGUUGGGCCUGCAGGAGCUGUGCGGCACGCCCGAGUGCCCGCUGCAGGACUUCCGGCGCGCGGUCAUUGCGCCGCUGCAGCUGGACUCGGCGACCUACGCGGAGGAGUGCGUGGUGCACCCCAAGCACACCGGGCCUGCCGGGACGCGGGUGGAGACGCGCCAGCGGGGAGUGAGCAUCGGCAGCUCCAUGCAGGAGGAGGACGAGUGA